GGGAGGACACGUACGCUCCUUCCAGCACCCCCGGAAUCCGAGGAAGAGCAAUAAUAGCACCCGCCUAUCACCCUCUCCGCUCAGUCGCUCACUGAUUCCCCUGGCUCUCCUCUGCCCCACAGAAUCAAGAAAUCGAUCUGGUAGUGAGUGAGAGAGAGAGGAUAAGCAGCCAGCCUGCGACGAGGAUGCUGGAGGGGAAGGCUUUGGUGGAGGACACGGACAUGCCGGCGCGGAUGCAGGCCGCGGCGACGUCGGCUGCCUCCCGCGCGCUCGACCUCUUCGACGUCGCCGACUGCCGCGCCAUCGCCGGCCACAUUAAGACGGAGUUCGACAAGCGGUUCGGGGUGGGGUGGCAGUGCGUGGUGGGCGCCAACUUCGGGUGCUUCUUCACGCACACCAGCGGCACCUUCAUCUACUUCUCCCUCGAGCGCCUCUCCUUCCUCCUCUUCAAGGCCGCCGCAGUCGCCGCUGCCUCUUAAUCUUCACCCGGCGCGACGCCCUCCUCUGCUCGUCUCAAACUCCAGAGUUCCAUGCCCUGCUGGUGACAAUGGUUCGAUCGAGCCGUACGUAGGAGGCGUCCUUCAGAAACUGUGUGUACGUCAGCUGCUCAAAUCUGUCCAACUUGUAUAUACCAGAUCAUGCUCGCUCAUUUGUGGAAUAUAAUCUUGCCUCCUUGAUGUUUGUGUUCA